AUGGCGGCUGAGGUGAUCCGUAUGCAGGACCCGAACCCCUACAGCUUUCAGUCGGAUGUCUACGCCUAUGGGGUUGUGCUCUACGAGCUCAUGACCGGCUCCUUGCCUUAUAGCCACAUUGGCAGCCGUGACCAGAUUAUCUUUAUGGUGGGCCGUGGCUAUCUGUCCCCGGACCUCAGCAAAAUCUCCAGCAACUGCCCCAAGGCCAUGCGGCGCCUGCUGUCUGAUUGCCUCAAGUUUCAACGAGAGGAGCGGCCCCUCUUCCCCCAGAUCCUGGCCACGAUUGAGCUGCUGCAGCGGUCACUCCCCAAGAUUGAGCGGAGUGCCUCCGAACCCUCCUUGCAUCGCACCCAGGCUGAUGAGUUGCCCGCCUGCCUACUCAGCGCAGCCCGCCUUGUGCCUUAG